GGAGGAAAUAUAAUGCAGCCAUUUAUAACGAGAGCUCAUGAAACGUUAUAUAAGCUCAGCAGGUCUGAAAUGAUGCAAGAAUUAGACGAUGUGUCUAAUCGACAGUCCCAAGCAACCAACCGUGGACCAAGACGACGAUCAAAGAUUUGGGCUGACUUGGCAACAGGAUAUAAGUGGAGAAGAAAACCAGCAUCUGGAUAUUUCAACAAAAAAAUUGAAUGUGAACCAGAGCAUUUAGUAGAAGAAUUCGACGCAAAACAAGAUAUUGGCGAGAAGCAUAGAGUUCUACUACUAUUCAGCAUAUUUUCUGUUUUAGAAUGCACUGUCACUGAAAAAAAUGCACCUUACAUUUAUCUAGCUCUCCAUCUUCUACAUUUUUCUGGACGUCUGCUUGAGUAUGAGGGGAAUGACAAGGAUGGGCUGGACAUGAUGACUGAGACGGAUAUCAACAUUGUCAUCAUGUUCGGUGGGUGUUGUGUAUAUUGUGUACUCUGUGUCAUGACGGUGAAGAACUUUGAUCCAGCCAGGUAUGCUGGAAGAUGGUUCGGAGUGCAGGGUCAAGAAGAUUGCCAUUGCACUCAG